ACUUAUUGUAACUGAGAUUGUGAAGCUUUAAAAUUUCAUUCCUUGUUGGAUUUCUGUAAUUACCUAUCAAAGAAAAUGUAUAUUAUGUACUUUUAGACUGCAGCGUAAAGAGAGACAGUUUCGAGACUACCUUCUCUUCCUAAAGUCUAUGUUUAGUUGUCUAACAGCCUUACAUAAUCUCAAAGGGAGGGACAUCAGGUCAAAGGUACCACUGUCCAGAGAGGUUGUUGAGAAACUACAAAAGGAGCAUGGAAGGGAUGAGGAUCAGAGUAGAGGAACAUAUGUUUCUCGUGGCCAAGGCAAACAUCGUGGUGCUCAAAGCUUCAGGAGUGGUUACAGCAGUCGUCGUACCACAAUUGCUGAGGCCAGCAGCGAACUCGGAGAUUUUUUGCUAGAUGACCUUACCCAAAAAAGACGUUCUCAAUAUCGUUCAAAGAUAAACCCAGGCAUGCAAAGUGUACAUCGUGGUCGGAGACUUUCAUCAGUCAGCUACAAUCUUGGUGGUCAAAGCAGUCGCCGCACCUCCGUCACUGAUGAUUUUAGUGACUUUGGAGAUUUUGGCCAAGAUGCUGUCUCUCCCAGGAAACAAGCUCCAUAUCUUCCAUCUUUACUAUCAAGGGGUAGAGGUACACAUGCCUCUACUCUGCAAGUGGAGAGAGAUCAUGGGACUUACAACACUGGUGCUCGUUUGUCCAUCUUUAAUACAGCUUAUCGUUUAAACACUGUUGAUACUGCAACCAAAAAUGUGUUUGGGAGGAGUAAAUCAAGGAAUGUUGCAACCAUUUCAAGUGAACGUCCACCACUAGAGACAUGGGAAGAUUUGUUAAAUUACCAACCGGAACCAUACGUUGAAAAGGAAGGAAAGUCGGGUGGAAUGGUCUUCCAGAUUGGAGUGAUAACAAAGUUCAUGCGUUGGUAUAGGUUUGUAUGUUAUAUUUAUUUCUUCCCAAACCUCUCCUCUCCUGCCUUCAAGCUAGCUUUGUGUCAUUUGAUUGAUUCCUUGGCCCUUCGGCAGACCCUUUGGUUUCUCAUCAAUCAGUGGCUUUCAGACUUAAUAGGAUGAUCUCUUUGGUUUUCA